AUGCCCGGACCCUGUCUGUGGCUACAUCGGCUUCGUCGGCGACUUGUUCUCGUGGGGCUUGGCGGGCGGCUCCGCCGUCCACUUCAUCAAGGGCUUCCGCGCCUCGCCGACGCCGUCAACGCUGUCCGGAAGAACGCGCCUCGCGUCGCCGGCAGGUUCGGCGCAUACUGCGUCUUCUUCUCCGUCAUAGAAAAUGCCGCGUCGCUCGCGCUCCGGAGAGACGACCACUUGACCGGCGGCACCGCCGCCGCCGCCACAGGUGGCCUACAUGGCAUGCUGCGCCGGGGUGGCGACCCCGCCGCUGCGCGUUGCGCUCUUCUCGCUGCAACAGGUUUCUUGGGCCUCGAUUUGGCCCUCGAUUGGGCCCUAAGGGUGAUUGCGAAUAGAUUGUACCCUCAAAAAAGGCAGAUGAAUCCGGGCCAGGCAGCGCCUGCUGUCCGGCUGCCCAGCCCCUGGGUAGACGCAUCACAACGCCGACCCCCACAGUGGUUAAAGAUGUCUCCGUCUGGUACAAGGGAAAAAGGUGCUGCUUCUUUGUUCUGA